AUGGCAUCGCAAGCCGACUCGCUGGAGCUCCUAGACCUAGAGCCAGGAUAUGCUCAGGCCUCGCAGCAUGAUGCGCUAUUUGAGGCAGCAUUUGAUCCGUUUUCGCACACUGUCGACGAGAACUUUGACUUGGCGAGUCACCAUGAUGCCGUUGGAGACCAACAAGAUCUCAGCUUUCUCGAUUCAUGCGAUUUCGGCAGUUCAGCUCAACAGAGCCCAUUGCCAGCUUCCGAUCGCCCUCCACAAUCUCCUUCUCGCGUGCUGCAGGACCAAGACAUCCAGGAGAUCGGCCCAGACACGCCGUCGGCUUUUCCGAGACUACCUCCGAAGAUCGGGAAUCGAUUCUCCAAAGACUCUCUGCGUGUCCUGAAGACAUGGCUGACGGCCCACAGCCAUUGUCCAUUCCCUAGUGACGACGAGAGGCAGCAUCUCGAGUUACGGACCGGUUUGACCAAGACCCAGAUUCUCAACUGGCUAGCGAAUGCCCGGCGUCGGGGGAAAGUUCGACAGGGUUACAACUCGACAUCUCGGGCACACGCCGUCGCUACCGUUCCAGUGGACAUUCCUCAACGGCCAGGGACACCAGCACCUCGAAACAGCCCCUUAUCCCUUAGUCCUCUGGAACGAUGGAUGGACUCCCCUCCUGAGCAUGAGCCAGCAACGGCCAAGGCUAUUGAGCGGGCAAUGGAGUUAAGUUUAGCAGCGGAACGACCAUCCGACUCUUUCGGAGCAAGCCGUGGUGGAUCAGGAGCAUCGUCACUCAGGCAGUCGCCUGCCAGCAGUAUCGGCACAUCACACUCCAGUGACGGUUCGGCGUUUUCGUUUUCUAGCCGCAAUUCUUCGACAUUGGUGAGCAAAUCGCAUAAGCCAAGAAGUCUCCGCAAACAACGCGCAUUCAAUAAGCUACGCGGCGGUGAUAAGACGCCCCUUUCGACCCCACUGAACACAUAUCAGUGUACGUUUUGCACCGAGACUUUCAGCACCAAGCAUAUAUGGCAAAGACACGAGAAUUCGCUUCACCUUGCUCUCGAGAGAUGGGUUUGCGCCCCCUGGGGCCCUCACGAAACCGUCGAGGAAGGUGUGCAGGCUUGUGCAUUCUGCGGCGAGCUAAACCCGGACGAUGAACAUAUCGAAGCACACUAUUACUCGACAUGCCAAGAACGGACGCUGGAGGACCGCACGUUUCACAGAAAAGACCACCUUGGUCAGCAUCUGCGGCUUGUACACAACGUCGACCAUGCAAACCUAGAGCGGCUCUUGCGACGGUGGAAGAUGGAAACGCCCGAAAUUCGAUCUGUCUGUGGGUUUUGCGGCAUCACCAUGUAUACUUGGGAAGCCAGAACCGACCAUCUCGCUGAACAUUUUAAGCUUGGCAAGACGAUGGCAGACUGGACAGGUGACUGGGGCUUUGAUCCACCAAUACUUGACCGCCUGGAGAACUCCAUUGCACCCUACAUGAUCACAUACGACCGUAACUCGCCCUACCCGUUUGCGGCCAGCACCUCGUCGUCAGGAUCCCCUCGUAACGCUUACGAACUCAUAAGGAUAGAGCUGAUGCACUACAUUGAAUCGUACCACGACAGCUAUGGCAAGCUUCCUAGCUCCGCAGAGUUACAUCACGAUGCGUGUCGUAUCAUAUUCGCUGCCGAAGUUUCCUGUUAUGGGGACGAGCCGUGCAACUCGUGGCUGAGGGAUCUGAUCAUGUCUAAUGAGAGUGUUGUGCAGAAGGCAAGACUCAGCCCUUUACGUUCGAGGCGAGAAAACAAGCUAGCCAUUCUUCGAAUUGUCGGGAAAUGCCAUCCUUUUAUGGCCUGCCCGCUUGAAGCAGACCUCCUUACUCUAGCCCAGUCCAAUCACCAGGUUGCGCCCAGCGAUGAAGAUCUACAGCGCAAAGCAGCUUUGGUGAUCAGUGAGAUGGAGAAGAACUCUGCCAUCCCAGCCGAUUUAGUGGCAACCUGGCUUGUGGAAUUAGCUCGAUCCUCAACUACCUGGCUUAAUGGUUUCAAGCAGCGUGCCUGCAUAUCUAGCCCACUUCCCGCGGCACACAUUGGCCGGCGGAGAACAGACAACUCCAAGAUUGAUUCUAUCAUUGAAAACUACAAUGUGCUGGAGGCAAGAUUGGCGGAUUAUUUGGACAUCCUUCGAACUCAUGGGAUGCAGCCCGACGAAGUAAUUGUUCGACAAAAGGCCAUGAGUCUCAUUGAUGAAUUCGACGAUGAGGAGUGGAGGCAGACGGCAAAGAAAAAUGACCGUUGGCUAGCACGGUUUCUCAGACGACACCUUCCGUGGUCUAGCAUCUACUCGCCUCCGGGACCGCAUGGCGAAGCGAGUACCAUGGCAGUGGCAGGAGGUGAUCUGGGUUCUGCCGAGACUUGGGCAAACGAACGCGGCCGCGAGCAUCCACACAGCAGAGCUGAAGUUCUUGCAAAUCCUACUUCUACCUGCAACGUUCUCUCCCUUGGCGUGUAUUUUCUCAACGACCCCAAUGUGGACAGCUGGAUGGCUCGAGAGCUGGCACGAUGGGUGGCGGCAACCAUGUCACCACACAACCCGAAUCAGCAUGUGCCUACAGAUGAGGAGUUGCAACAUCAGGCCCGAUGGAUGCUCUAUGGCGACGACGAUCCAUUCAAUCAGACUGGAGCCGAUGUCCCCGAGUGGUUGACCAGAUUCAAGCGUCAGGUUGGUAUCCUCGAAGAUUUCGGACCUGGGCUGCCCGGUCUAGAGCAAUACUAUCCCCAAUGA